AUGUCGUUUCCUAAACACGACGGCGGUGAGCAGCACCAGCGAGCCGCGGCGAGUAUGAGCGUGACCAGGAAGCCGAGAACUGACCAAUCAAUGUGUUUUCGCCUUAUCCACCUGGAAUUCUAUGACAGUGUACUAGCCGAUCAAGGCGAGUCGGACGCGCUCGGGGACGUCGAGGGCCCGGCUGCCAGGGGCCUGCCAGGGGUCGGUCUCGGCCGAUUGACUACCCCAGGCGGGGCCAUGGAUGUCAAGUACCUACUCCCUCUGGUCAUGGAUGUCGUCCCCCACAAUAUCGACAUCAACUGCAUUUGUCGGUUCAGUAAGUUGUCCAGCGCCAAUGACGCACAUGACGUUGGUGCUGGAUGCAUGGUGAUGUUGCCUCUGCCAGCAUCGCGAUGGUGCCAGCACGAAGAGAAGCACGGCAGUGUCAGCAAGAUUGAUUACAACAGCCCGGCCGGCCCUCAGAUCGACGGACCGCGUCUCUCGUCGCCAAGCAAGCGAACGCAGCAUUUCAGUGUGCAAACAAUUGGCUGGCAGGGCUGGUUUAGCAUGCCAGCAUGUCAACAGCGGCCACAUGACCCGCUGCUCUACAAUGUCAAAUGUCGGUGUGAUGCAUCCCUCUGA